GCACAAUGCCACCUUGUGAAGCACCACAACCAUGACCAGUGGACGCGUAAAACAUCGUUCAACCUCAUCUACGACGUCCAGGAAAGCCAAAUCUCCAGGUGAUUCCUGGCGGAUGGCCACCAAGCGGCAAUUCGGUUUCCUCGGUCCAGAAUUACCCUUCCCUCAGAAAUGGGAUCUGGAGACAUGGCGCAAGGGAAAGCGGAGACGUAGCAACACUCCGUCAUCAGAGUCUGAGCCUAUGGACGUCGACUUCGGGCCACCAUUCCAUCCAUCCAACUCGACUCCAACUCCCACUCCAACUCCCGCUUUUGCUGCCACUUCUGCGGAAUUCAAUUUCAUCUCAAAGUCCAGUCGGAAACCAGAGCGAAGCCUGCGCUCCACACAACCCCUCAAUUCGCCGUCGGAUCUCGCUCUGAUGCGUUCUAAUGCAUUCUGCCAGUUACUAUAUCUGUGCGCCUAUCUCUGCGACGGUCCCAUGACCAAACGUCGGGGCGAAGCAAUACUACGCCCAGCAAAACAUCCCCGUCUAGCUAUGCUGGCUUCGGAUGGCGAAAAAGCUAGUCCCGGUGGAAGCAGUGCAUCCAGCGAAAGGCUUCGCAAACGCUGGGUGGCUCAUUUCAGGGCAGGGGUGACCAGUAGCUGGUCAUGGGUUCAGGAAACCGCUGAGCUCGUCAGAGAAACUAUCUUGACUGCCUAUGCGACCGGUCCCGACGAUCCUGAGCCCUCAGAAACGGCUGAUCACGUCGAACUACCAACUUCGCCUGCGUUACCAACACCGCCUUCUUCACCUACGUUUGCACGGGACGAUUCGAGAGAGCGAACAGAUCUUCCCAACGUUUCGCCUGCUCUGUCUCAGAUCUCCUCAUUGGAGCUUGUGCAUCAUACGGAACCGCGUACACCCCGAAAAAAGAAUUCACAUCAAACUCAGACGUCGAAGCAGAUCUCUUCCACUGUCAUUCAUUCUACACCACGCGCUCCCGGCAGCUCACGGGUGCCGUGGCCUUCCACGUCGAAUUCGCAAACACCCAACUCGGAGAUUGAGAGCGAGGCGAAUCGGCACGAAGACACGGUCCGUCGGCGACAUAAACAUGCAACUCGAAACCACAUCUUUCAUAAGAAGCAUAAGAUGCACGUGCAAGCCAAUAUAGCUGGUCAGCGCGAGAACCUUCUGAGAGAGCUGUAUGCCAUCAACCAGAAAGAUGGUUACAGCUCAGAUUUCAAGACUUUUAAAGGGUUUGUGAAGAAACAGGCUAUGCUGCAAAACUUGAUGCGUUCCCGUUCGGCUUCACUCAAUGAUGUUACUCGGAUAUCCAAAGAUGAAGAGACUCAAUUCCUGCGACGAGCGCUUGAAAAAGCUCAGGCUACAUUGAAUGGACCCAAACCCUUGAAGCCACAAACUCCGUAUAUUACCGAGUUGCAGUUCCGUUUCAGGUCAAAAGACACCGAAGUUGAUCAGAGACUGCGGCGCUCACCGCUACCAUCCACUCUGCCUCCUGCAGAUGAUGCCGGAGUCACACAAAUUUUGAAGCGUUCUGGUGUCGUCUCAAAGUAUGCCAGAGAGCAAGUCACAAGAGAUGAUAUCGCACGGCUACUGCCGAGCACUUGGCUAAACGAUGAAGUCAUCAACUUCUAUGGGGCUCUGAUCUUGGGACGCUCGGAAGGCCGCAAAGAGAACGCCCCAGCGAAACCUGCCCCAUACUCUGACAUUCUGAACGUGCACUAUUUCAGUACGUUCUUCUGGAGUAAGCUUGAGAAAGAUGGUUACGAGAAGAGCCGGCUCGCGAAGUGGACUAAAAAGAUCGACAUAUUUUCCAAAGACUCCAUUCUCAUACCCGUGAAUCACGCAAACGUGCAUUGGACUGCUGCCGCGAUCAACUUCCGACAGAAGAGAAUCGAGUCGUUUGACAGCAUGCGUGAAGAACGAAAACGUGUUCACAAGCUCCUCCGAAUAUAUCUGGAUCAGGAACAUAGGAACAAAAAGAAUGCACCAUUUGAUUUUACCGGCUGGGUCGAUUAUUCUCUGCCGGAUGUACCUCGUCAAGAGAAUGGCUUUGAUUGUGGGGUAUUCACAUGCCAAUUCCUCGAAUCAUUGUCCAGGGGCGAGCAGAGCUUCAACUUUGCUCAAAAGGACAUUCCCUAUUUGCGGAGGCGGAUGAUUUGGGAGAUUGGGAACGCCACCCUCCGUGAAGAGCAUUGAUUACAUCCAUCGCUGUAUAAUCCAUUGUUGUUACCGUCGGAACCACCACACUACUAGGAAAAACCAAA